AUGCGUCCUCCGGUCAUCGAAACAGACGACGGAGACUACAUAAAACUACCACCAACAGUCGGAUCAUCAUAUUCUACCGUCUCCAGUAAAACUUCCGGCCGCCGUAAUAGAGAUUUACAACAGAGGAAAAGGGUUGCUGCUGAGAGAUACAUCCAUCAACUUCCUGUGAAGUCAAAUAGUAACUCUUUUUCCGGCGAUAUAUCGGAAGGUAAAUCGGAAAGCUAUGUUGAGAAAGAUCCUCAAAAGUCGCAGGAAAACACUGGUCCAGUUUCGGAAACUAAUCAUUCGAUAUCUUUUCCCGCCGAAAAAUCUGUUUCUCAUAAAAAACCGAGUAAAAACUCAAAUGGUAAAGUCAACGGUAGUCUUGAGUUGAAUUCUGGGGUGUAUUUAAUGAGAUCGGUAAACAUGGUGGCAAACUUGCCGGAAAAAGGGUCGCCGGAGGAUUACAAGAAGAGAGUGACAAGUCGUAUGCUAUGCGUGGUGUUCGUGGAAACCGGCGGAAGCAGAGAAACGGUCGACAGUAGCAGGCGCUGCCUGGUUAAUCUCCUCCGUCGCAAUUUCAAUAUGGAUUCCCUUGGAAUUAUAGGAAGGGUCCAGCUCCAUGGACUUAUUUAUAAUUCAGGCCACAAAAUAGGGUUUUUCCGACUCCCUCAGCAGCAACGAACGCUUCCCACUAGCCCAAUCCAUUGGCUUCAAUUGGGCUGUUCUCCUAUUCCACGUGCUAAAAAACAUAACAUGCCCAUGUGA